AUGGAUAUGCUUGGUCGUGUUUGGACUCGUAUUAGUAGCAAUCGGCGUUUUUCGCAAUUUGGUAGUGGAAGUGCGCUUGGCAGUGGUAAAGAGGGUGAUUUUGAUGUGAGUGAACCGCCAGAUACGAAAAAUGAAGUGUUUGAGCUAUUCGCGAAAAGCGCAGCAGCGGCGAAUCAGACUGCUGCAAGUGGUGUUCUGGCAGGUAGUGGUCAUCAAGGGUCAAGUUCUCUAAAGUCCACUUCCUCAGCAACAUCACAUCAUCAAGCACACGCUCAAACUCAGUCCCAGCCUUAUCGCAGACAUCAACAACAUCGACCAUCGACAGUUUCUGUUACAAGUUCAUCGUCCAAUACUAAGAAUACUCCAUCUUCCACUAGUCAUCAACAUCCUACCACAACCGAACAUCGUAAUCAUCCAGCUGAUAACACUUCUCCCGGCACUAUUAUUUAUCAUCAUCCUAGAUCUGGUUCAGCCUCAGCUUUUUUAUCCUCAGCACCACCAGCGGCAACAGGAAGCUACGCCUAUCAUCACACUCAGGCUCCGUCAAAGAAGCAUUCUAUUACAAUCCCACAACCACAACUAUUGGUGGAUCAUUUCGAUAAUUCGACGCUAUCAUCAAAUACCCCUUCACCACUCCCUUCUAAAAAGACGAGCACAGCAACACGACACCAUUCAUCAUCACCCCGUUGUAUGUAUGAAGUGGUUCGUCCAUCAUCUUCACCUCCUCAGUCAUUCUCAUUUAAUGCACCACCUGAAUUUCAUAUGACCAGAUCGGUCACUGCUGACGAUUCUUCUAAUCCUGUUAUGUACGCUCCCAGUGUAAUUACCACAAGCGUCAAUACUGUUGAUAUUCCUCCAGAUGGAACCAAAACACUCAUAAAAUCAACUCCUCGUCACCAUCAUCAAAAUAUUCUUCCGACUAAUGGUCCUCCCCAUCUCGUAACUCCUUCAAAUCUCUAUCAAAAUCAAGCAACAACUUCAAACGCUACAUCUACAAUUACUGGUCUCACUCCUACCUUAGCGGUUCCUGGAGCGUCCACAGUUUCUUUUCCAAAUCCUUCGACGACAAUUGCUAUAAUCGAUAAUGCAACGAACCCUUCGAACUUGGAUUUGCUCAAUAGCAACCCUUCCUCGUCGGCAACACCGACUUCAGCUAAAACAACAGCAGUUUCAACUUCAAAUUCACCACCUUCACCCACACGUAAAUCUGCUAGUCGCAGUCCUCUACCACCCAAAAAAACAUCUCCUCGUCCAGUUCUCAAAACGCAUGAACAAUCAUCGCCUACAUUGGUGGCGUCAGCAACAUCUGCAACUGCAGUUGGACAUGGAUCCGGAGGUUUUGAGGAUAGCAUAUCUCUUGGAGCAGCUGCAGCAGCAUCGACAAGCGCUAGUAGUCGUCUUGGUGUAGUUGAGGAUCAGCAUUCGCAAUCUCCUCAACAUCGCAAAUCUAUUACCCCUCAAAAAGAUGUGCAUAUUUGUGCACCGACUGAAAAUGCGGCUAGCAGUGCAAUCGCACCUUCAUCUGGUGCCUUCAGCAGCAGUGAUUUCAAAGAACAGGCCAGCCCUUUAUUUUCUACCCAGUGA